CUUCGACGCAGCGAUUCGGCGACUUCAGUGUCCUUUAUCGAUUUGUCGAAACUCAUCUUUGCCAACGACUUUGAUUUCGGCUUUAAUUUGGACACUAUGAAGCUGAAAACAAAAGAAACUUUCAACAUCUACAACCCGAGACAAAGAAGUAAAGACUUCAUAAAAAUUCAAGAGGUUUUCAACCAAAGAUUGGUCAAAUUCGACCAGAGAAUUCACAAGAACUUACAAAGCUCAUCAACCGAAAAGCUUUUCUAUGCCAUCGCAGUAUUCUUGAUAGCGACAGCGGGUUUUGUCAUUGGAAAAUACCCCAACUACUUCCCACAUUUCCAUACUGUUUUAUUUGCUGUCUUGAUGCCUAUCAGAUUCUACUCUUAUUUCAAGCAAUCAUUCCAGUAUUACUUGGCUGAUUUGUGCUAUUACGUAAACAUAUUGCUAAUGUUGUUCAUCUGGGUAUUCCCCCACUCGCCAACGUUGUUUGUAUCAGUCUUCUCAUUGUCGUUGGGAACAUUGUCGUUUGCUGUGAUCACAUGGAGAAACUCACUAGUGUUGCACUCUAUAGAAAAAACGACCAGUUCAUUUAUCCACGUGAUGCCACCUAUAACUAUGUUUGUCUUGGUUCAUGAGUUAGAUCCAGACUAUAUCAAGUCGCGUUAUCCUGCGAUAGCCUCUAUUGAUCACUGGAAUUUUGUCCAUGGUAUCUUCUGGACCUCUAUCUACUACACCUUAUGGCAGGUGUCGUACCACUACUUCAUCACAAUCAGAAAGAAAGAGCAAAUAGACAAAGGUAAGGUAACCUCCUUCACAUACUUGAAAAAGAGAAACAGAAAGACUCCUUUAGGCAAGUUUGUUAAUUCAUUGCCGUACUUGUGGAUGCAAACUACGGCUUUCACUCUCAUUCAAUUCGGUUACCAGUUAUUGACUAUGGUAUUCUGUCCUAUCUGGUUCAAAUAUAAACAUGCCUGCGGAGCUUUUGUCACAUUUAUCUUUAUCUGGGCCAGUUACAAUGGUGCCACAUACUACAUCGAUGUCUUUGGUAAAAGAUUGGAAAAGGAAGUUGAAAAGUUGAGACAAGAAAUCAACCAUUUACAACAGGCAAACGAAAAAUUGCAAUUCUCACCAGUAGCCAGAGCUCAAAAC